GCUGCGGCUCUCAGGGAGGCAAUGGGGUGCACCGCAGCAGAGCUCAUCUCGUCGCUUCUGGGGCUGUGGCUGCUGAUAUGCAGUUGGGGGUGCCCCGGGAGCGCGGAGCUGCGAGCCCCGCCGGAUAAGAUCGCAAUUGUUGGAGCUGGAAUUGGUGGCACUUCAGCAGCCUAUUAUCUGAGGCAGAAAUUUGGGAAAGAUGUGAAGAUUGACCUGUUUGAAAGAGAAGAGGUGGGGGGCCGUCUUGCCACCAUGAAGGUUCAGGGGCAAGAUUAUGAGGCAGGAGGCUCUGUCAUCCAUCCUUUAAAUCUGCACAUGAAGCGUUUUGUCAAAGACCUGGGUCUCUCUCCUGUUAAGGUCUCUGGUGGCCUAAUGGGAGUGUAUAAUGGAGAAACUCUGGUGUUUGAGGAGAGCAGCUGGUUUAUAAUUAACAUGAUUAAACUAGUUUGGCGCUAUGGAUUUCAGUCCCUCCGAAUGCACAUGUGGGUAGAGGACGUGUUAGACAAGUUCAUGAGGAUCUACCGCUAUCAAUCUCACGACUAUGCCUUCAGUAGUGUAGAAAAACUACUACAUGCUUUAGGAGGGGAUGACUUCGUUGGGAUGCUUAACCGAACACUUCUUGAAACCUUGCAGAAAGCAGGCUUCUCUGAGAAAUUCCUCAAUGAAAUCAUUACUCCUGUCAUGAGGGUCAAUUAUGGCCAAAGCACAGACAUCAAUGCCUUUGUUGGGGCAGUGUCACUGGCUGGUGCUGAUUCCGGCCUUUGGGCAGUAGAAGGUGGCAAUAAACUUGUUUGCUCAAGGCUCCUUCAGGCUUCCAAAAGCAAUCUUAUACAUGGCUCGGUAAUGUACAUAGAGGAGAAAACAAGGACCAAGCAGACUGGAAAUCCUACAAAGAUGUAUGAAGUGGUAUAUCAAACUGGAUCUGAGACCCGUUCAGACUUCUAUGACAUCAUCUUGGUGGCCACUCCACUGAAUCGAAAAAUGUCCAAUAUAACUUUCGUCAAUUUUGAUCCUCCAGUUGAGGAAUUCCAUCAAUACUACCAACAUAUAGUAACAACAUUAGUUAAGGGGGAAUUGAAUACAACUAUCUUUAGCUCUAGAGCCAUAGAUAAGUUUGGCCUUACUACAGUUUUAACCACUGAUAAUCCAAAUUUGUUCAUUAACAGCAUUGGGAUUGUAUCCUCUGUAGGAGAAAAGGACUAUCCUCCAACAUCAACAGAUGGGAUAUAUGUUUGGAAGAUCUUUUCCCAAGAAACUCUUACUAAAGCGCAAAUUUUAAGGCUAUUUUUGUCUUAUGAUUAUGCUGUAAAGAAGCCAUGGCUUGCAUAUCCUCACUAUAAGCCCCCAGAGAAAUGCCCAUCCAUCAUACUCCAUGAUCGACUUUAUUACCUCAGUGGCAUAGAGUGUGCAGCAAGUGCCAUGGAAAUGAGUGCCAUUGCAGCUCACAAUGCUGCGCUCCUUGCCUAUCACCGCUGGAACCAGCACACAGACAUGAUUGACCAAGAUGGCUUAUAUGAGAAACUUAAAAUUGAACUAUGAAAUAACACUCUCUUUUUUCCCUUCCUAAUUCUAAAUGAAUAUCACUGGCAAAAACAAAAUCUGAGCAGAGAUGAUUUUGAGUCAGAUAUUCUGCCAUUAUCAUUGUUUAACAAAAGUAAUCCCUGUGGAUAAGAAAAUACAAGAUUCUAAUUAAGUGUGAAUGUGUAACUAUUGUACUUAUGCCAUCUCCAACAUUUCAUUACUGUUCUUUUAAUAUCCAUCAGCAGUGUUUCCCAAACUUGUCUGAUCUUAAGAAUCACCUGGAGCUUGUUAAACACAUGAAUUCUCAAGAUCCUCUCUUGGAGACUGUGAUUCAGUAGGUCUGGGGGUAAGGCCCUGUAUUUUGAUAAAAACCUUAAGAGCAUUUUAAGCUGAGCUCUUGAGGAAGAACUUAAAGACAUCUUAGUUAGGGACUAGUUCUUUUGAGCUUCACAGCUGAAUGUGACUUUCAGUCAGAUAAAACUACUAUGGGAGCUGGUGUUUUAUGCCUGGCUCUUAGUAAUUUAUUGUCCCCCCAGCUCCCUACCUCUGCCACUGCCGCAGAGUGCCUGCCCAGGCAGGUGCUUAUACCCUUUUCUUUUAAAAGUUUUUUUGGCAGCUGGCUGGUAUGGGGAUCCAAACCUUUGACUUUGGUGUUAUAACACCACGCUGCAACCAACUGCACUAACUGGCCAGCCCCCUCUUAUACCCUUUUUUAAAAUAAUUGUGCCCAUGGAAAAGCCUUGACUUUCAGAAUGUUAUCUUUUGAUUGCUUCUGUCUUGCUUUUAUAAGGGGUGACAUUCAGAAGUCUUACUAGUAUAAUUUUUUUUUUUUUGUCUUUUUUGUGACCGGUAAGGGGAUCGCAACCCUUGGCUUGGUGUCGCCCGCACUGUGCUCAGCCAGUGAGCGCACCGGCCAUUCCUAUAUAGGAUCCGAACCUGCGGCGGGAGCGCCGGUGCGCUCCCAAGUGCCGCACUCUCCCAAGUGCGCCGCGGGGCCGGCCCUUACUAGUAUAAUUUUAAGAUGUUAUUCAAAGACCUCAAGUAAAAUGAAAAACAAAUAUAGGCUACUGUAUUAAGAAAUUGGCAUUCUAUUAAAUCCUCCCUUGAGGAGCUUUUAAAAGUACUGAUAGGGGCCGGCCCGUGGCUCACUUGGGAGAGUGUGGUGCUGAUAACACCAAGGCCACGGGUUCAGAUCCCUCUAUAGGGAUGACUGGUUAGCUCACUUUGGAGAGCAUGGUGCUGACACCACCAAGUCAAGGGUUUAAGAUCCCCUUACCAGUCAUCUUUUAAAAAUAAAUAAAUAAAAAACAAAUAAAUAAAAGUACUGAUAGGUCCCCACAACCAGACAUUUGGAUUUAAUGGAUUGAGGAUGGGACCUCAAUAUUGUAGCUUUUCAAAAUUUCUUUUUUUUUUUUUUUUUUGUCGUUUUUUCGUGACCGGCACUCAGCCAGUGAGUGCACCGGUCAGUCCUAUAUAGGAUCCGAACCCGCGGCGGGAGCGUCGCCGCGCUGCCAGUGCAGCACUCUACCAACUGCGCCACGGGCUCGGCCCCGCUUUUCAAAAUUUCUAAUGUGCAACCCGGGUUGAGAAUCACUGAUAUGGGGGUUAAAUAACUACAAAGGGUUUUUAGUGCCUUAAAAGUCCUAAGGAACCCAAUUCAUUAUCAAAGCAGAUCCAUUUUGCAAGGAAUGAUUUCUCUCAAUGAAAACUUUAGUAAUAAGCUUGAUAGGUAGGAAGAAACACUUGACAGUCUGAUGGCAGAGGUGACUUAGAUCUAACUCCAGAGCAGUUGGCACUAGAGCAGGAUAUUUAGAAUGACACCAAGCUUGACCAAAUCUAGCAUACGUUCAGUGUUAAACAGUUCAAAAUUACUAUAGCAUUCUGGGUGAGAAACUGGUUGCUGAAAUCUUAAGGCAGUGGCUGUCAAUGUUGGUUGCACUUGGGGCCUGUAGGGCUUUAAAGCUUCUCACAUGAUUCUAAAGUUCAGGCAAACUUGAGAACCAGUUCUACAUGUGCUGUACAAAAAUCAUGACUGACUGCCACUGACACUUAUAGAACAAAACAGGUAAAAGUUUAUGAACUCUAAAAGUAACUGCAACCAAAUUAACAUGUACUGUUGUUAUUAGGAAAAGAAAGUCCUUCACCAGAUUAUGGAAGUAGCUACCUUAGCAAAAUGGAAGACAAUGCUGAUUCUUAGUAAAAAUGAUUUCUUCCCUACUACAGUUGUGAAUAUUAAUAUGCUGAUAAAACUGCCAACAUAUAUUUGAUAUAGCGGUAGGGAUUAAACUCAUGGUUUGUCAAAGGGUCAGCUUUUUUCUAAUUUUUCUUUUGGCGGGGGGGGGGGGUGGCUGGCUGGUAAGGGGAUCCGAACCCUUGACCUUGGUGUUAUAGCACCGUGCUAUAACCAGCAGCUAACUGGUCAGCCCCACUCUGUGUUACGAUUCUGAUUUUUAUUUUUAUUUUGGUGGCUGGCCGGUACAGGGAUCUGAACCCUUGACCUUGGUGUUACAAAUAAGCACUCUUAACUGACUCGGCUAACCAGCCAGCUCUUAAUUUUAUUCUUAACGUAUGUUAAGAGGCAUUCAUAUAUAUAUUUUUUUGUGGUUUUAAUGAAGACAAUUUGUAGAGAAUGUAAUACUGUCAUGUAUAUGCUAAAUACUGGUAAAUGCUAAUGAAAUAAUUUAAUUUCUUUCAUUAUAGACUUGUUUUGCCAUGGGAUAUGUUUUUACUUGUAAGAAUACCAAUUUAAAAUAUUGUUGGUAUUAUAUCAAACCUACUGAUUAAAUUUUCCAAUAGGGCAUCUGAAAUUGCUCUCUCGAAAUCAAAACAGGUUAUCAAUACGUAUUAGGCAUGUCAGGUAGUUUUAAUGCAACUACAGUAUUAAAAGAAUACUUUUUCACUGGAAGAAAAAUACUAUCAGCCUGCUACUCCAGGCAAAUUAGGUAGUUUUAUGCAACUACAGUAUUAAGAAUAAUUUUUUUUUUUUUUUUCCCUGACCGGUAAGGGGACUGCAACCCUUGGCAUGGUGUGGUCUGCACCUCGCUUGCAGAGCUUGCUACUCCAGACCACUCUAGUCCUCUUUUUACAGAAGAGACUUGUAAAAAUGAUACAUGGGCUGAAUGAAAGCCAGUUGUACUGUAGUGGUUCUCCAACUGAGUUGAGUAUGCAUCAGAAUUAUAUGGAGGGCUUGUUAAAACAUUGCUGGGCGGGCUGAGCCCGUGGCGCACUCGGUAGCGUGCUGCGCUAGCAGCGCGGCGACGCUCCCGCCGCCGCGGGUUCAGAUCCUAUAUAAGGAUGAUCGGUGCACUCCCUGGCUGAGCGCUGGUCACCGGGGAAAAAAAAAAAAAAAAAAAAAAAAAAAAAAAAAACAUUGCUGGGCACCACCCUCAGAAUUUGUUUAUUCAACAGAUUUGUAGUGGGACACAAAAAUUUGCAUUUCUGUUAAGUUCCUAGGUGAUGCCCCUGUUCUGGGAACCACACUCGAGAACUAGUUCUACAGUUCAGCUCUGUGUGGCUGGAAAAAAAAAUUAUCAAUGAAGAUUUAAAGAGAGCUGUUGAAUGGGAGAAUAAAAAUGUGUUGGACCCAUCAACUCUCCUUAUUGAUUGUUAGUUUGAUCCCUCUAGCUGUUCUUUUGUGGUGACAUUUUCUAUAAAUAGGAAAUACCAUUUUAGAUAUAUAUAUGCACCAUUCACUGUGUUGUGUUUUACAAGCACCUUACAUACUCAAAUAUAAUCAAUACAUUCUCUACAGUUUUAAAGUGAUUCAAGAUUUGUAGGCUUUUACCAGAUCAUGAAAAGAACAGGCCUUAAGCAUUUGCUUGGUAGGUUUCUUAAGGUUAAGUUUAUAAUAUGACCAUCUGUAAUAUAUCUCAUUUGAGCUUGUGGGCCAUGAAAUAAAAUUCAUGAAUUAGAUAAAUAUAUUGUGGACAGCAUUCUCAAGACCCUUCUCUACUCAUAAAGAACCACAAUACACUGGAAUGUUUUUCUUUGGAAUCCUGUUUCUACUCUUGUAUUCAAAAAUUUUCUCUGCUUAACGAUUAUGUUCAAAAUAAACAUAAUUACUUCCUGUGUUUUA